AGGAAAAACCUUAGAUAGAUGGGUUUUCUCUGCUCUCUAUAAUCUGUCUUUGCUCAACCCUUUCGUCCCUUCCAUUCUUCCAUACCCAUACAGAUGUCAGACCUUGGAAUGUCAACUACAAGUGAUGUCACUAAAUGCAAAGAAUGCGGUGUGUUGACAAGUCAAAACAACACUAUAAAUAAAACAAUUGAUGAACAGACCUUCAAGACACAAAAGGAUGAACAACCAAACCAACAAACAAGUGACCUUGGAACAUGUUGUUGUUGCGAGUACUAUGGAAUUCCUUGUCGCCAGAUCAGUACAAACGAAAGUGAAACUACAAAACAGAAGAACCGGAUUUUGUUUUCUGGCAUUAAAAGACAAAUGUCUCCCCAAGAACAAGUAAUAGCAGAGUCUCUCAUACCUAAUGCAUUGUCAGUUGAUGAAUUGCAAAGUAUUCCAAAAAGGAAACAUCACAAGGAUGCCCAGCCACAAGAAGAAAUACAUGAGUGUUACAUUGAUGGAUGGACUAUUACUUGCACACAGUUUCAGCCUCGUCGUCGCAUCAGGUCCAAGAAACUAAAAGGAAAACAUGGAAAAAGUCAAGAAAUAACUUCAAGAAAAGCUUGCUAUCAAUGUGGACGUGAAGGUCAUUACUUCGGUAACUGUCCUGAGAAGAGUUCACUACAGAUCACCUCCGAGAUGAAGCUACCUCAGUUUUCAGACAUGGAAUAUGAACAAAAAUGCAAAGAAACUUCUACCAACAACGUAAAGACAACUCCACCAUGUAACUCAUCAAGUCGUGCUUGCUUUGGAUGUGGUGAUACCGGCCAUCUUGUUAAUGGUUGUCCUAAGAAGGAUGUGGAGAUCAAUAAGGUCCAAAAGAAAAGACAACACCCUCAAACCCAUGCAUCAACAAAGAAUAAACAACGGAAAGAGACAACAGGAAAGAUAAGUUAUGCAGUGACAGGAACCAUCCCAUAUGACGAUGCAGUAAUUUUUGGAACACUAGUCAUUCACACAACUAUCGCCACCGUGCUGUAUGAUCCUCGUACAACACAUUCUUUUAUCAGUGCCCAGUUUGCAACAAAGUAUGGUAUCUUUAAGUGUCCCUUGAGAUCAAGGAAGACCAUCAGUACACCUGAAGGAAAAAUGUUAGUAAACUACAUAUGUCCGAAAGUAAGUGUUAAAAUCAACGGGAUAGAUUUUUCAGCUGAUCUCCUAGUGAUAGAAUCAAUGGGAAAGGAUGUGAUUCUUGGAAAGAAUUGGUUACAAAGAACUACGGCGGUAAUCCAACAUACUGAGAAAACCAUGUGCUUGGAAACUCCAUCUGGAGAAACAAUAGUAGUUGAAGACAACCGACCUCCAGCUCAGAUUGGUACAUCUAUCAAGGAAGAGUAAUAUAUCGUUUAGCUAGGAGAAGGAGUAUGUCUCACGGGAAAAAAAUGUCAAGUUGUUGCCCCUUUGAGAAAUUGUAAUUGUGCUAAGUGAUAUAUGAAUAAAUU